AUGGCGUGCUGCAGGUAUAUAUCCCUUCUGAUCAAGGUAUUGGGAUUUUUAUGUUGUGGUAAUUGUAUGGACGUGACAAUGAGUGACUCUAACGUUACAUGGGAACAUGCCAACCAAGUGUCUGGUUGUAGACUUGCCGGACUGGACGAGACCGGGAAGUUCAACAUCACCAACAAACAUGUCUUAAAUCAGACGGGUCCGUUAGACGCUUGGAUCGGAGUGCACGUGCGUUCACCUCAGUGGGUCAACAUUACAGGCUGUUUUCAUUAUAAUGCCAGUUUCAAAAAUGGGAUUAGAAAUGAAAGUAUUGACAUAUCAAACGAUCUAAAUCCUGUAAAGGCUUGCUUGGGAAAAUGUUCUUCAAGUGAGUUUGCGAUAACGAAGACGACGUGUUAUUGCUUGGGUGGUAGGACUUACACACGUGGUCAUUCCUGCCCUGGACAUGUGUGCGGGCAUCGUAACGACAGUCUCUGUGGUAAUAACACGUGUGUGUGUGGAUAUAGACAAUUUAACCCGGGUAAUGAUUUAAGCAACAAUGGGAAUUGUAUGACACUUACUAAAAAUAACAACAGGUAUGAAUUUAUUCCCAAACAUUGUUCUUCUAAUCAUACGUUCGUGUGCAGUAACACAAAUCAAAACAAUCUAGUUGUUUACGGGACAGGGAAUUACGGAAAUUGGAACAAUGCUCUUGCAGUGUGUGCCCACAAUAAACAGUUACUUUCGGGAUUAGAUAAAAACAAUACCGAUAUAUUCACAACCACAAGAACUGUUAUACAGAACAAUACUUCCUACUGGAUAGGCAUGUAUAAACUUCAACGUUUCGAUUGGAGAUAUAACAACAUUGGUCACGGACAAUGUCCAGCUCUACAUAUUUCCUCAGAAAAGACGUUGUGGAAACUACGACUAAGAAAUUGCUCUACUCGAUUGCCAGUCCUCUGUGAACAGAAUGACAAUAAUAACUUUUCUAAAGAACCCUUUUCACCGGAUCAAACCUCUUCAAAUCUAUCUCUUCGAACAACACCGCUCUCUGUUACUGAUAUAGCGCGGUCGUCUUCUAUCCUACUUCCUAUAAUCGGUACUUCUGUAACUCUAGUUAUCGCCGUCGUUAUCAUUGCCGUCAUAUGUCUGAUAAAACGUCACCGCGAACGAGAAAAUGAGCGUUCUGACAAUUCCGUUUCACACAAGAGAGAGAACAUGUCUCCCAAGUAUGAUGAAAUCGAUGUGAGUCAAAUCAAUGCUAUGUGCUCGGAUGUGUUGGAUAAUGUUGGCAAAACCGAAGCUAAUGGUUCGUAUACAUACAAUCAUUUAAAUAGUGUGAGGCAUGUUAAGGAUUCGGUCAACGAUGUGUACGAUCACACCGGUGACUUUUGUUCGCAAUAUGAUUCUUUUGGGAAAGAGGAUAUUAAAGACGAUCAGGCUUACUUUGAGUAUGAUCACAUUAAGACCACAUCAGCACAUGAUGGUGCAGCCUGCUACAGUAGCUAUGACACUUUGGAACAGCUUAGAUAA